CUCGAUUGUUCAUACCAUUUUAUUAAGCUGAGGACUUUCAUAAUCCCAUUUCCGAGGGUAUCCGCUUUCGCUGCUUGUGGCAAUAAGUGCGCUGUCAUCAUUAAGAUGACCUUCAAGCUCAUAUUAACGGGAAUUACCGGCCGUAUCGGAGGCGAGGUCUUACAGCAGAGUCUCAAGAACCCUUCUGUCACAUCAGUCAUCGCAUUGGCACGCCGCCCGGUGCCAGAGCUCGCAUCGCAUCCCAAAUUAGACCUCGUGGUGGUAAAGGAUUUCAAGCAGUAUCCAGAUGAGCUGAUUGCUCAGCUGUCUGGCGCCGACGGAUGCAUAUGGUGCAUGACAACGCCAGCAGGUGACCCGGUGUUGGAAUUGGAAUACCCCAAAUCAUUCGCAGAGGUGUUCGCAGCGACUUUGGCCGGGCGCGGCGAGCGAUUCCAAUACCUCCAUGUGACUGGAGCCGCGGUCGAGCGCAACCAGAGCAAACCUCUGUGGCUGAAAAGUUCGGUAAGGAAGAUCAAGGGCCAAGGAGAGCUCCAGAUGAUAGACUUCGCGAAAGAUCCAGCAACCAAUGGGCUGUGGGAGACAAUAAUUGCAAGGCCAGGUGGAGUAGUAAAGCGGGGGACCAUGUUCGGAGAAGCUGCCGCUCUGGUUGGAGGAUCUUCCGGAUGGACGAUCAGGUCGGACGAACUUGCGGUCGCGCUAAUCGACGCGGUAAUGAAUGGAAGCGAGGACCAGCUGCUGCAACCAGUGGCGCUCCUAAACCGUGGACAGCAGCUGAUAAAGAAGCAAGUUGAUACUGAAGACGAGAACAAGUGACCAUAGGCGGUGAUGGAUACCCAUUUGUAC